UUCUCUUUAAAUAAAAAAGAGAGAACAAACACAAUAAGAACUGCUUUGUUCAUGUUAGCUAAUGAGUAAUUUGCAAGUUUAGUUCGCAGCUAUCCAGUCUUCAAAGGCAAAGUUGAGAGAAUCCAAUGAAAAUUGCAAUAUCAAGGUGGUCCUUAUUCAGUCUUUUUGUACUCCUUGUUCAAGCUCAAGAUCAAUCAGGAUUUCUUAGCCUAGAUUGUGGCCUACCAGCAAAUCCAUCAAGCUACAGUGAACCAUGGACAAAAAUUGACUAUAUAUCAGAUGCACACUAUAUAAACACCGGUGAAAGUAGAAGUGUAUCAUCCGAAUUCACGACAUAUGAAAGACAACUAUGGCAUCUUAGAAGUUUUCCUCACGAAAUUAGAAACUGUUACAGUAUUAGCAUCAACAAAGGCACCAAAUAUUUGGUUAGAGCAUCUUUCCUAUAUGGAAAUUAUGAUGGGCUCAAUAAUACUCCUAAAUUUGAUCUCUACGUGGGAGAUACUCUAUGGAGAACAGUGGAUGAUAGCUACUACAUAGAAAUUAUACACGUGUCUUCAACAGAUAAACUGCAAAUCUGUCUUAUCAAUAUUGACCAAGGAAUACCGUUUAUCUCAGCAUUAGAGUUUAGACAACUGCCAGGUUAUACUUACCCAACUGUAUCUGGUUCUUUAUACAAUUAUUAUCGAUUGGAUAUGGGGUCAACCACAGAUAGACAAUACAGGUUCCCUUAUGAUGAUUAUGAUAGAAUUUGGAAUGCGUACAAUGGUGAUGACUACACACAAAUAAGUACCACUGGCACUUUAAAAUCUGAUAAUUACAAUAGCUACAAUCCAGCAGCCAUAGUCAUGCAAAGUGCUGCAACUCCAAAAAAUGGGAGGAAGUACCUUAGUUACUCAUGGAACUCAUCUAAGGAAAGUGAUCAAUUUUAUGUAUUUAUGCACUUUGCUGAACUUGAAAAGCUUCAGAGCAACCAAAUCAGAGAAUUUAACAUCACCUAUAAUGGGGAAUAUUGGGACGGACCUAUUGUUCCUGAUUACUUAAGCACAACAACAAUUUAUAAUACCAAACCAUCUGUGAUGUCCUCGUUACGACAUCAAUUGUCAUUCUUCCCAAUAGAAAAUUCAACUCUCCCUCCAAUCAUCAAUGGUUUAGAAAUAUACCUUGUGAUGGAGAUAUCGGAAUUGGAAACAAACAAUGGAGAUGUGGAUGCAAUCAGUAAUGUUCGGUCAACUUAUGGAGUAAUAAAAAAUUGGGAAGGAGAUCCAUGUGUGCCAAGAGGAUAUCCAUGGAGUGGAUUGAAUUGUAGUUUUGAUUUAGUGCCUAGAAUCAUAUCACUGAACUUGUCUUCAAGCGCAUUGAAGGGUGAGAUAUCUCCAGACAUAAUCGGUCUACCAAUGUUACAAACAUUGGAUUUAUCAAACAAUUACUUGGCAGGAGAAGUACCUAAUUUUCUGACCCAACUGUCACACCUCCAAUACCUAAACCUAGAUAAUAACAAUCUCACAGGCUCUCUUCCACCUGAGCUUAUAAAAAGACAGAAGAACGGUUCACUUACAUUAAGUAUACGAGGUAAUCCAAAUUUAUGUAGCUUAGAGCCAUGCACAAAGAUGACACCAGAAAGGAAGAAAAGCAAUAACAAUAUCAUCAUUCCAAUAGUAGCAUCGGUGGGUGGAUUGCUUGCAUUCCUCAUAAUUGCAGCAAUUAUUUAUUUGAUUUCUAAAUCAAAUAAGAAACAACAAGAUAAGGAUGUUUCUUUGACAAAGGAUCCGGCAAAGACAAACACUCAUUUAGGCAGUUUAUUGGAGAAAAGGAGACAUCAGUUCACUUAUGCGGAAGUUGUGGUGAUGACCAACAAUUUUGAGAAAAUUCUGGGUAAAGGAGGUUUUGGGAUGGUUUACUAUGGAGUUCUAGAUGACACUCAAGUGGCUGUGAAGAUGAUUUCUCCAUCAGCAGUACAAGGCUACCAUCAGUUUCAAGCAGAGGCAUGUGCCUAA